CAAAACUGUCUCUAUGAACCUCUUCAGGCUGCUGUAGUAGACCUCGUACAGAGCUGGAUCUCCCUGCUGGCUGUAAGCUGACAGCACCACGCUGACGUCUGGCUGAUCCUCCCCAGCUGCUGCUGAAAGAGUGAGAAGAACCACAUGGUGCUGUCAGAGACUGAGGCUUUAUGUAAGAGACAACGUCCUUUGUUCCUGCUUCCUCCAGACCCCCUUCAAAUAGCUGCUCCCUACCAAAUUAGCUCUCUGCGGUCCAGUGGACACUGAAAGGUUUUAAAGAUGACGACUUCAUGGAGUGACAGACUGCAGAACUAUGCCGACCUGCCUGCCAACAUGGAUGGUUUGGCAAUGAAAAAAUACAGGAGGGAGCCCUACCACAGAAUCUUUGUCAACAGAAGCUUGGCAAUGGAGAAGAUUAAGUGCUUUGGCUUUGAUAUGGAUUACACUUUAGCAGUGUACAAAUCACCUGAGUACGAGUCAUUAGGCUUUGAGCUGACAGUGGAGCGGCUGGUUUCCAUCGGUUACCCCCAGGAGCUGCUCAGCUUCGUCUACGACCCGUCAUUUCCUACCAGGGGCCUUGUGUUUGAUACGAUGUAUGGAAACCUGUUGAAAGUUGAUGCUUAUGGUAAUAUCCUGGUCUGUGUCCAUGGAUUCAACUUCCUUCGAGGCCCUGAGAUUCGUGAACGGUACCCGAACAAGUUCAUCCAGAGAGAUGAUACAGAGCGUUUUUAUAUCCUUAACACACUCUUCAACCUGCCAGAGACCUACCUCUUUGCCUGCCUAGUGGAUUUCUUCUCUAACUGUGACAGAUAUACAAGCUGUGAAACUGGCUUCAAAGAUGGCGACCUCUUCAUGUCCUACAAGAGCAUGUUCCAAGACGUCCGGGACGCCGUCGACUGGGUCCACUUCAAGGGUACUCUGAAGGAGAAGACCGUUGAAAAUCUGGAGAAGUAUGUAGUGAAAGAUGGAAAGCUGCCUCUUCUCCUCAGCCGCAUGAAUGAAGUAGCCAAGGUUUUCUUGGCUACCAACAGCGACUACAAAUACACUGAUAAAAUCAUGACCUACCUGUUUGACUUCCCCCAUGGCCCGAAGCCUGGAACCUCCCACCGACCCUGGCAAUCCUACUUUGAUCUGAUCCUAGUGGAUGCCAGGAAGCCGCUGUUCUUUGGGGAGGGUACAGUGCUCAGACAAGUCGACACGACAACAGGACGUCUAAAGAUAGGAACCUACACAGGACCUCUGCAACAUGGGAUAGUCUACUCUGGAGGUUCAUCAGACAUUGUGUGCGACUUGCUGGGGGCCAAGGGGAAGGACAUAGUAUACAUCGGGGACCAUAUCUUUGGAGACAUCCUCAAGUCCAAGAAACGUCAAGGCUGGAGAACAUUCCUGGUUAUACCUGAGCUGGCCCAGGAGCUGCACGUGUGGACUGACAAGAGCUCGUUAUUUGAGGAACUGCAGGGCCUGGACAUUUUCUUGGCAGAACUCUACAAACAUCUGGACAGCAGCAGUAAUGAGAGGCCUGAUAUCAGCACUAUUCAGAGAAGAGUCAAGAAAGUGACACACGACAUGGACAUGUGCUACGGCAUGAUGGGUAGCCUUUUCCGCAGCGGCUCCAGACAGACUCUGUUUGCCUCCCAAGUGAUGCGUUACGCCGACCUGUAUGCAGCCUCCUUCAUCAACCUGCUGUACUACCCCUUCAGCUAUCUCUUCAGAGCUGCACACGUACUGAUGCCCCACGAGUCGACAGUUGAACACACCCAUGUGGACAUCGACACAGAGUCACCGCUGGCAACACGCAACCGCACACACUGCAGCGACUGCAAGGACCUGGAGUGCAAACGCAACCAGCUGACCCGCUCCUUCAGCGAAAUCAAACCUCCCAACUUAUUCCCUCAGACUCCUCAGGAGAUCACUCACUGCCACGAUGAAGAUGAUGAUGAGGAGGAGGAGGAAGAAGAGGAGGAGGAGGAGGAGGAGGAGGAGGAAGAAGAGGAGUAAUAAAUAGGACCUGGAGAGGAGAGCCAUGUUCCUGUUCCUGCCUUUUUAUGUUUCCCAAUACAGUCAGGUUGUGAUUUCUCUCAAAGUAAAGCAGGGUGGAAAAACAUCUCCAGUAUGUGUAUGUGUGUACAUAUAUGUAUAUAUACUGUAUAUAUCAGUACUGUAUGCACACAAACACACACACACACACACACUGGAGAUCUCUGAGGAAAGUAUAAAGGACCAGUAGCAGAAGAGAUCAUAUGACUGUAUGCAUGCUCGGUCCUCAAAACAAAACUUUUUCAAGUUUCCUUUUAACAAAAAAACAAACAAACAAAAAAAAUGUUUGUUUUAAAAUUGAUUUAAUUUACACUAUUUUUCCCACCAGACAGAGAGCACACGUUCAUUCAAACAUCACACUUUUUUUGAUAAUCUUUUAUAAGUGGCCAUAAGACCCGCUGGUGGAUUAAAUGGGUGUAAUCACAUUCACACUUUAAUCCAUUAUAUGUGGCCAUUUUGCUGUAAUUCUGACAAAAUAUGCACAUUAUAAUCAAAGGAAAAACACUUUGCAGGCAAAAAGAUGCAUCAAACCAGACAUUUAUUUUUAAGCAACAUGGGAACAACAUUCAGUUUUUCAUCUGUUUUGGUGUCAUUAUAGAGUUAUAGCUUGUAUGUAAAGGCAUAUGUGAAGCAGGAUCACUCAGACUGUAGCAUCCUGAGUGACAGUGAGCAUCUGACACACAGGAGCACUGAAGCACAAGCUGGUGUUAAACCGAUCGAUAACCAGGUGCAUUUUUUUUCUGUUUGAAGUUUGGUUGGGAGCGCAUGUUGUGGUACACGACUGCGGCUGUUGAACUGAUACUUUGUUACCAAGCAACAACGAGGACAGAGUACUGUAUUAUCUGUAUUCUAUCUUUGGUCUCUAUGACAACCCUGACCUACAGUAGUGUUUCUGUAAAUAGCUGUAAGGUGAAUGUUUAUUUUUUUGCCAUGUGAUGAGUUCACGGUUUAUUGCCACGGGCAAGCUAACAUGCAGUAUUUUUUCAGCUUUGUAAUUUUGGAAGAUGGAACUCGAGAAAUACGUUUGACUAUUACAGAAGGUUUGAUGUCAGUGGUGGUGAUGGUGGGUGUGUGAGGGGAAGGGGGUGUAUAGUACAAGAAAGUUUUGUCCACGUCCAGCAACUCAGUGGUGUGUUAAGUGGUUUUCAUCAAGUGUGUAAUGAGAGCAUGAAAGUGGAAUGUAAAGAAAUGAGGCUUUUCAGGAUAAAACUCAGCACAGAAGGCCCGUUUUUUUGGUUUUAGGGGCUUUUUUAAAUUACACUAAAGAGAAAAUGCGCUGAUGGAGUGUGGAGUGAAUUCUUCUGUUGGGCUUUUUUAACACUGUGAAGCCAUAGUUUCAUUGCAAUUUGGGCUCUAGCUGUGUUACUAAUUCAAAACUGGAUGAAAAGCUCCAAGUCUUAAGUGGCAACAGACAAGUUUCUUGCUUUGAGUUCGAUGCUGAUUAUGCAACGUAAUGGUCGCAGAAUAAUGAUACCGUCUGACUUUAUACUGGUUCCCCCACUGUUUGAUUCUGUCUGUCACCGGAUAUGAAUUCUCCCAGGAAAAUGAAGGCUCGAUGCCAAAUUGUAUCAGCUGAAAGGAUGCUGCGCUGUCAUUGGUGGUUGAGUUUGGGAUAGGUCAGGGGAUUGGUUAUUAGGGUUAGGACAGGUCGGGUCAGGUCAGACAUCAGAGUUGAUCCAGGCUGCCUUCCAGAUCACAUACUUUUUCCUAUUCCUAUCACUACGCACUGCAGGGUUCCUCACAAAACACAUACUUUUACAUACAGUGUGUACAACUGGGAAAUACUGCUUUCUAAUAUUGCACCUUACACUUUUACCGUGUCGCUCAUAUGUCAGCUCUCGGUAACUCAAGUUUGUUUUAUACUUUGUCUGAAUAUUCCAAAAAUCGUACAGAUAUGGUCAGACAUCGUGGUAUUUUUGGAGAACUGCAUUUGACGUAUUAUGUAUUGGGACAUUUUAUGGUGUGCUGUAUAGUAUGGUAGAUGGGAUAUUGGAAAGCAACUGCAACCAAACACUCUACCUGCCAGAACAAGAGCCUCCACGGUCAGAAAAAGCAAAACUGGUCAAGCGGCAGGGUGAUAGAAACCAAUAGAGAGCACUCUGAGACUAACGGUUCAAAACACAGUAUUCAAAUUCAGCAUCAUUGAAAUGAGAAAUAUUAAAAAGUUCAACAUCAGUAAGCAACAAGCCUGCAUACUAUACAUUUAUAACAACACCCAUAUUGAUGUUUCUUUUCUAAAUUGGAAUUCUUACAGCUGUUUCUUGCUUUAGGCUGUAAUCAGCCUGUUGGUAGUAGCCAUGUUGCUAACGCCAGAAAAACAAACCAUGAGUGCGGCUGAUUGUUUUAUGUCCUGUUUUUAAUGUUUUUGGUAGUUGAAAAGCUUUUCUGUUGCCACUUUUAGCUCUUGACUUUGCAUUUGUGUAGAUCUUUACAAGAAAAUACAAUGUUGUUGAACUUAAAGAUCGGAAACUUUAAUUAAAAAUAUUUUGUUUUUCUUUCAACUUAAAAGAUUUUCAGUAAUAAGUUCUUAACUCUCAACAACUUUCCACUCACGUGUUCAUGCAAGCUAGCAAUUUAUGCAAAAAAUACAAUCUGGAAUUUUUAAAAAAUGUCAAAAUAUUUCUAAAAAGCGUUUAUUCACAAGCAUAAGAUUUUGAUUUCUGUGUUGCUAAAACGCAGUUGGUGCAAGAGCUUUGUAGCACCACUUUUCCAGGUGAACCCCUCCCACCUCAAACCGGUGAAAAAGAGUCCACAGAAAAACAAACUCACCUGAACAGUGUGUUCAUGUCAGACUCCAUUGCUCACUGUGAGAAAAUGAGUGUUCAGGGCCUUUAACGCUGGUAUCGCUGACAUCAGUGGUCAGAACAAAGACAGCUGCCAGAAUUCUUCUUAAACGUCAACUGUCUUGUACAUUACCCCUCUUUGUGUGUUGUCUCGACAUGUUGUAAACCUUGUAAGUGUUGGAUCGGCCUGUUGAUUUAGGCCUCAAAAGGGAAGGAACAUGCCAUCUACUUUUUGCAUCAUUUUGAGUUUGGUUUGAUGUGGAGUGGAAAGAGGUAAAUCAGUUCAACAGCAACUUUAUGUGACGAUUCAUUGGCUGAAACCUUUCCAAAAAUAGGAAACAUAUUACAGCCGUUUGUUAUGUCUUUUUUGUAUUUUUUACAAAUAUUUGUAUCCUCUAUUCUGACUUUUGUUUCUCAAACGUAGAAUAACUGGAUAUGCUACACGAGGCAGCUGCAUUGCUACUGGGUAAUUGUUGACUGUCUGCAUAAUUUGCCUAUGCAUGUGAAAAUAAUUAUCCAUUCUACUGCGGUGGUUAUGGUAGCAUCGGUUUUCCUUCUAUGUGGACUGCAUCAUUUUUAGGAAAAGUUUUUUUUUUUUGACAUUUGUCAGUGUAGUUUACACACAGAAAAAACCCUGCAAACCUGUAAAAAAUAUCUUAAAAUGAAGGGAAAUGUGAAUAGCAUGUAAAGUACCAUAACUAAUAUGCUACUUGUGAUCAACACCAUGGGGUUAUUAUUUUUCUAAGCUAGUGUUUUUAAAUGGUCUUGGUUUACAGAACUGUAAAUAGACCUUUCCAUUUCCUUUCGUUACCCUUUUUUUUUUUUUUCAAAAUAACAUUUUUUUGCUAAUUUUUAUACAGCAACCCAGGAGUCUGUCACUCUGACUUUGAACUAACUAAAGCCUGGUGAACAGGUUACAGUGCUUUAGAUGACUUUUAUCCUUUGUCACGAUGCCGAGAAUGCAUCCGCAUUAACGGGCGCCAAAACAGCCACCUUUUAUUUUCUAAAGUAUAGUAAUCUCUUGUUUUUAUGCAUAUCAAUUCAUGUUCUUCUGAACAGUGUUUUGUUUGUUUGUUUCCAGAAAGUAUCAUUCAGACUGUACAUUGAAGUAAAUUACAUAAGAAUGUAGAAUAAAGAUAGUUUGUAAUA